AUGGGACCAUCAACACUCAGAAACACAGACAUCGCCGGGGAGAUGAUCGCAACCUAUCGGAAAAUGCUAGAAAAAGAAAAAUCAGUGAGGGAGAGAAACAAUGGCAAAAAUAGCUGCUUGGAUGCUUCUUUCACAGCAUAUUCUUUGUCUUUCAACAAGUUUUUGUCUCCUACAAAUCCCAUGGCAGCUCUUGGAUUUUCUGCUUCUUCUUCCUCAGCUUUUCCUUCACUUUCCAGCAAACCAAAACGACCCAACAACUCUUUCCAAGUGAGAUCGGUGGCUGCUCCUGCAGAAGACGUAGCGGGAUUCGAUGAAAUGGUUUCCGGGACGGAACGCAAGUACUACAUGCUAGGCGGCAAGGGAGGCGUAGGAAAGACGAGCUGUGCCGCUUCAUUGGCUGUAAAAUUCGCAAACAAUGGCCACCCCACUCUGGUUGUAUCAACCGAUCCAGCUCAUUCGUUGCCGGAUUCUUUUGCGCAGGAUUUGACUAGAGGGAUGCUAGUACCAGUUGAAGGACCCGACUUCCCCUUGUUUGCUCUUGAGAUAAACCCGGAAAAGACCAGGGAAGAAUUUCGCGAUGCAGCUAAGAACAAUGGCGGAACUGGGGUCAAAGAUUUUAUGGAUGGCAUGGGACUCGGAAUGCUUGCAGAACAGUUAGGAGAGCUGAAAUUGGGAGAACUACUCGACACGCCACCUCCUGGUUUGGAAGAAGUGAUAGCAAUUUCAAAGGUCAUGCAAUUUCUUGAAUCACCACAGUACAGUAUGUUUACUCGAAUGGUUUUCGACACUGCACCAACGGGACAUACAUUGCGACUUGUCGUUGCCAGACUUCUUGGAUGCAUCAAUAGCCAAGAUAUUGAAGGUUGAAAUGCCAACUUGAAUUAUAAAAACCCGUAGACGAUUCGUUCCCCUUUCGUAAUUUUUAUUUUUCUGCCCCU